CUGAGUUUUUCUCACCCUCACCUGUCUCCUCCAUGUUCCCGUCUCCGUCCUGUUUCCACUGGUGUGACCCGACAGCUCUGAAGGCGGGCAGCGAGGGCGAGCUCUGCACCGCAGACGCUUUGGGCUCGGCAGGCAGCAGCAGCACUCUGGCGUCCUCCGUCAUAGAGGUAGACGUGGAGCAAGACGAUCCGAGGAGGCCGCUGCAGCGAAGAACAGAGCAGCGUGGGGAGGAGGAAGAGGACGACGAGGAGUUGAACCCCCUCAGCCCUCCUCCUGCUUUGUCCAUAACUGAGGAGAUCCUGGAGUUCAUUAACCAGAGCAGAACCAGAGAAAGAACCACAUCCAUGGAGCAAACCCAGGAUCAGCUCAGUGAAACCAAGUCUCCGUCAAACAGAACCAACUUCUCCUGCCCGCUACCACCAAUCUCCUCCAGUCCAGAACAAAGACCAUCAUCUCAGCAGGAACGAGAACUGGAGAACGACACCAGCCUUCAGAAUCAACCCAGUGAAAAUCCGGCAGUAACAAACAAAGAUCAAGAGUUUCCAGAAGCAUCAAGUCCAGCAGAGAAGACACAAGAUGAGGAUGAAGAAGAUAAAGCUGAGACGCACGCAUGUGACACAGAAGAUGUCGGAGCUCUUGAUCCAUCAACACCAACAAUCCUCCAUCCCUCUAUCCCUUCAGAGAAAAUUGCAGAGAUCAGCUGUGACUCGCCCAAAACUGAGGCUGACCAAGAGUUCACCCACUCUUCCCAAAGUCCAGGCCUCACUCCCCCCAGCCAGAAGUGUCAGCCUCUUAAAAGAAGCUCCCACUUCACCAAGAGAGACCAGAAGAUCAUUGAAAAGAUCAGAAGUUAUUAUGAGGCUGCAGCAGAGACUGAAGAGGACAAGGUGGAGGAGGAGGAGGAGGUGGAGGAGGAAGAGCCAGGAGAGGGAGAGCUGUCAAGAAGAAGAAACAGUUUCUCACAAAUCCCAUCUGGUUUGGUGAAAGAGUCAGUAUCACGCUUCAGUGUGGGAGAACACCCAGAGGAGCCGACAAGUCCUCAGUCCCCACACAAGAUGGAGGUAGAGGCAGAGUCCAGUUCCUUAGCUGCGCCAACAUCUCCUCCAGCAGAAUCAAACCCCGAUGAAGAUAAACCAGUCGGCUUUCUUCCUUCUGCUCCUGCUGAGUCUAUAGUCUCUGAUGUGAUAGAAGCCACGGACUCUCCAAACCAAAGUGAUCCAAAUCCAAACCUGCUUGUUGAGCAGGAGAUUGGGAUUCAAGAUGGGAAUGGGAAUGUCUGUGAGGGAUAUUUGGAUGAAGGUGUAGAGGAAACAGAGGAGGGGGAGACUCUUGUAGGUUCUGAGCAGCAUGAUGGAGAGUCAGCGGAAGAGGAAAAGUCAUCUGUUUCUGAACACCAGGAUAUUGAAGAAGAAAACACCACAGCUGUAAGUCAGACUAACAUCAAAGAUCAUGACCCUAAGCAAGCAGAACCAAACAUGAGCCCAGCAGAACCCCCUACACACCAGCCUCGAGAAGAACAGCAUCAAAACACCAAAGAGGACAAAGAUGUGUCGUCUUUGUCUAAAACCAAAAAUGGAGACCAGGCAAAGUCCAAAAGGAACCUCGAGGGGUUCCCCAGUCAGAUAAAAGUGGGCCGAUGGUCCCGCCACUCCCGGAUCGUCACUGCUAACCGAGCGUUGUUCGAGGGCAUGGCGUCUGACGUCACCGGAAUCGGGUUAUUUGAGGCAAACCCGGUGGUAGACCCAGUCCUGAUGGAGAACUCGGAACGUAUUCUAAGCAAAGUCCAGACCCUGGCCCGGAUGUACACUGCCAAAGCCAGCACCAUGAAGGUCCCACUGCAUCAUAAACGAGCCAGCUCUGUACGGAGCCAGCUGUGGGCUUCUACAAGACUGUCAAGAACUUCAACUGGAAACCAAAACAAAAGCUCUGCGCAGCCUGAAAUGGACCUCAGUCAGUCCAAACCUGAGCCCCAAACCAGUCAGCAACUAGGUGGACCUGACAGUCAGAACCAGACCUGGCAAAUUCAAAGAACCCAGGAAGAGGGAUGGAUCAAGACGGAUGAUCUCCAAGAGAAGGUGGUGUCCCCCCAUGAGCCUCUGCUGUGUGACUUCAUAAGCCCCACCUGUCCCCGGGGGAGUGGAUUUAACCUGUCCAGACCCAGAGACUUCAUCUCAGCCUUGACCAAAGACUCCAGCCUGGGCUUCUAUUCAAGUGGUCAACCCGCCACAUCACAAGAAGCUCCAUCUUCUCCAUCAAGCAACUGCUCACAGAGUGAAGCUCAGAGCCACCGCACCACUAAUCCAGGACCAUCUGCAGAAACACCCCAUCAAAGCAGAACAAAGGCUGAGACUCAGGAGUCCGGUUGGUUCUGUUCCACCAAUACCCCCUUCUCAGCACCACCCACAGUCCUGGGAAGCUCAGAGCUUAGAGAGUCUUCUGCAGAACCAGGCCGAGCUGUUUGCUCAGAAGAGCCGCCGAAGUCAGAUGAUUUGGAGCUCAAUGAAGAACUCUGUGUUUACUCAGUUGGAGAAGAUUCAACAUCUAUAGGCGCCCAUCCAGUUCCAGCAGAGCCAAGUCCGUCCGCUCUCAGCACACUUCAGCGCCAGGGUCACCGAGGCUCAGGCGACAAACAUCAGCUGGAUUCAGCAGUCGUGGAACAAAAACCAGAUCAGCAGGAGCCAGAAGGCAUUUACUCUAGACUCAACAAUGACAAGGAUCUCUCUGACAUGAUGACUGGUAGUCCAGGAUCUGGAUCGUUACUUUGGAUGGAUGCAACUAAUGGAGAAGAAGCCUCAAGACAACUGUUGAGGCAAGCCCAAUCAGAGUACAGCAGCACUUGGAUGUCUCCACCAGGAAUGAGCGUAGAACUGAUCAAACAGGAAGUACUGGUUGAGGAACAGGCCACUGGGAGAUCAAAGAAACACUCAAAUGAUGGUGAUCCUUCAAUGAUCUGUGCAGAAGAUCUAGUUCCAGGAGAUCUUCCUAUUCUACCUCCAAUGAGUCUGCAUAUGACCUCUGACCCCCCACAGGCUCAGGAAUCAUCUAGUCCAUGGAUAUCAGUUCAAAGUUCAGUAUCCACGGAUCCCUGCCCUUCAUCAUCUGCGGACUUCCUCCCAACAUUCACCAGCUUGAGGCCAGUGGACCUGCCGACCACUCAGGGCAAGCAGGCCUCAGCUGUUUCCUGGAUCUCCAGCAGCACGUCUGAGGAUGACAUCAGGAGGCCAGACCAGCCGGUCUCAGGAUCCAGCUCCCACACAUCAACCCCUGUCACUUUCAGACCCAGCUUCAAGGACCACUCCUCCUCUCCUCUUCGAUCUCCUCCUACCUCCUCUGUCCCAUCACCUCCCUGCUCCUCACAUUUCAGGGUCAUCCCAGCAUCCUCUCCGACCCCUGUGUCUCCUGCAGGCUUCCCCUCCAAGGCCCUGUCCUGUUUAUCACCGUCACGUUCUUCUUGCUCCUCCACAGACGUGCCUUCAUCUGGAAGGCGCUCGUCUUCAUCAAGAACCGACCGCGACGCCUCCCAAGUGCCCCCCUCUUCCCUCUGUUCUCCACCGUGUUCCUCCUCAGUUGCUUCUGCAUUCACCAGGUCUUUAGCAGCCUCCUGUAUAAGUCAGUCUAUCAGUCAAAGCAUGGCUAAACACACAGCACGGCAACAAGCCACACCCACCCCUACUCCUCAUCUGCAACGGUGCUCCCCUUUUCCCAAACCCUGCCCAUCUCGACAGGACCCCAGUGCUCCUGCCUAUUCCCAACUGGGAGUCAGUAACGAUAGCUACCAACAUUCCAGUUGUCCCCCAUCCUCUCUGCGAUCCUUGUGUCCAUCUCCUUCCUUGGUCCAUUCCCCUUCUGUUCCCCAUUUCCCUCCUUCUCCAUCUGCAAGUCUUCAUCAGCGUUUCUACUCUUCACCUCCUUCCCCUCGUCCACCAUUCCUUCACUCAAAAACAGAUCCAUUAAAGAAUGGCAACAGGAACAACAGCAAUAACAAGGCUUCAGCAGCCACCAGAGGUGCAGUCAGCGACGUUGGCUGGUCUCUGGCCGACGGCGACGCUAUGCUAACAACCCCGAAGCACACGGCUCUCUGGUCAGGAUCACACAACCGCGUAGCUCAGCCUUUUUCUGCGUCUGAACCCAGCUCACGGGUCCAGUCCCCGUCUCCAUCUCCUACCCCAGCAUCAUUUUUCACACCCUGUUCUCCACCUCCUCAACAUAAUUACUCCUCCCCCAUGGCAAACAAACCCCCCCACCCUCGCAGCACCCGGGUAGGAGGUUCCCACAACCACUCAGAUCUUCACAUGGACUUGCCCAGAGCUUCUUCAGUAGGUUCAGCAUUUGGGGAUUCUUCUUUCUGUUUGAGCCCUCGGACCCUUUCCCCUCCCCCCAUAGGUGUCCCAGCCUGGACCAAUAAUGUGGCAACUCCUCAGCCUAGGAACCCUCGGUGCGCGCCCUCCUCUCCAUCUUAUCCUUCAGCUUUAAGAUCACCAACACAAGAUGUUUACCCCUUCCACAGUUCUCCCUCCUCCUCUUUUGUCCCAGGGAGGAGUUUAAAUUCAGGAUCCUGUCCUCUUCCCUCCCAAACCCUCCGUAGGUCCCUUUCUUCCAACCUUGCCGACAGACCUUCAAGUGCAGCCCAGAGCAGUGGGAGUGGAAUCAGUCAUUCCUUGGCAGACAGACGCAGAAGAUCCCUCGGCUUUAGCAGCAGCAGUGUCCAAGAAUGUUGUGAUCCUCACGAGUCCUGUCCAACUAGUGGGUGGUCCUCACGCACCAGUUCCCCUUCCUGUCUCAGUCCUGGAGCUGGGAUUCGAUCCCUAGUUUCACCCAGCAGGUUUAGCCCUGCUAAGGGCUCUCAUGGUGGGCAGCAUCACAGCAGUAUUCCCUGGUCUGAGCUUUCAAACCCGUACAAUGGAACCGAAACAGAUGCUACGUCCACCAUCAUUGCCUCCUCUCCUCCUCCUCUCUCCUCACUGCGCUUCAUCGCCUCCCCCGGGCCAUCGAAUAGCCAGAACGAGUGGGGGGCCUCAGAACUGGAGGAGGGUAGCUGCCGCAGUCAGCUGAUCUGUGCUUAUGUAGGCCGGCCCUCCCAGAGACAGAACAUGUCCUCUUCGUGCCUGGUUUUCUCCUCCUCAGGAAUGACCUCUCCUCCACCAAACCCAUACCGGCACAAUCAAAUUCAAGUCCAGAGACAAACCACCUCCCCAGUCUCCUCCCCUGCACCCCUGAGGUCAUCGCCUCUGCCCUCUGGCCUUUCAUCUCCUACCAGACUUGGGAACCAGAAGGCCAGCUACGCCACCACAGUCAACCUACAGAUUGCUGGAAGUGGACGAAUAACGUCCUUCAGCACCGCCCAGGUUAGCCUGACCCAGACCCUGCAGGGGGGGGCUGUUCCUCCAGGACCAGGACAGGUGGCAAGGAGAGUUAGCAUCAAUGGACUUUCCCCGGUUCCUCAGAGCUAUAACCAGCUAUGAAGGGAAGAGCAACAUCGUGGAAGAUGUUCUGAUGAGGCGUUAAAAGAGAAGAGCUAACGGAGUUCCUGUAGCUUCUGGUCCAGAUGUUCUGGAUCUGGUCCCUCUCUGGAUUGGACCAUAAACUCUCAAGGUGUCAGGGUGCAACAAGAAUCACACAUGAGAAGUGCUGCUGAUGCAGUCUGACUUUACAAUCCCAGGAUUAUUCCAGAAUAGCACCAGGAUGAAGCAGAGAUGAUUCCAGGACAAUCCAAACUACAGAUGACAGCUGGACAUGAAGUUUGACACUUUGGCAGUUGGAGGUUGACUUUUUAUCUGUAGAUCUGACGACUUCUCAGAGGUCAAAUCAGCUUUUGAGAUUUUCUAACUUUUAUUAUUUUAAAGAGCUGAAGUUCUGGUUUCAGGCUGAGAUCCGUGUAAAGUGUCUGAGUUUGACUUUCAGCGAGGCCAGUGUUGAACUGUGGUGGUCAGUAAUAAUCUGUAUUAUUCCUUUUUUAUUUUGUUUUUUAUUUAUGAAGUUGUUCUUGUUCUCCUUUGGCACUUCGUAUCCUUAAAGUCAUGCUGGUAUUUUUGCACAGCGUCCUUGUGUGUGUGUGUGUGUGUGUGUGCGUGCGUGCGUGCGUGCGUGUGUGUGUGUGUGUGUGUGUGUGUGUGUGUGCGUGUGGGCGUGUGUGUGUGUCUUGGACAUGACGUGUCUGGUAGUUCUCAGCUAACUUCAGACCAAACUGGCAUCUUUGUGUUUUUAUGCUGUUUCUGAUCCCGUCUCCACUCGACUGUUUGUCCUGUUUCAGUUCUCAUAUUAAGAUCUCAGAUCAGCUUUUGUUUCAAAAGGUUUGUCUGAUUUAAAUUGCCUCAGUCAGUGCCCCUCGGGGCAGCUGCAGCUACAUUAUAGCUUAUCUCCACCCGUCUAAGAAUGGGUGAAUGACUGUAGUGUUGUAAACAUAUACAUAUAUGGACAAUGGGUUUCCAUGGACUCCAAUAAUAUGUUUUUGUGCUAAAAUGGGAGGUGGCCACCACCGCCAUUUUGACCGUGCCACAGGUUCCGUCAAGCCCAGACAAUUCCACAAAAGGCAAGAGAGGUGGAGCUGAGGGUGGGGCUGUAAGGCUGGGAUCAACUGACGACACCCGGUCGAGCUAGCUACAAGCUAACCUGAAGCUAACCCAAAGCUAACGCGGAGAUGGGAGCUAAGCUAACGGAGGUAGCAACCUAGCUACAACCGGAGUUAACUGUGCACAACACCAGAGCUUCUGAGUCAGAGAUACGCCGGGCUGACCGCUGGGUAAAACUGGGUGGAACACAGAGGUCUCCCGAAAGCUGCUGAAAGCCGGCAGCCCGCGCAGCAGACAAGCGCCGCUGCGAUCUGAGAUGCGCAGAGCUGCCGCUGGGGAGAACCGGGUGGAAGGAUUUCCAUCCCAGAGCUCCACAAGCCGGCAGCCUGCGCAGCAGAAAGAAGUCGCGAUCAGACAGAGAUGCACCGAGCUGCGGGGAGGGGAGAACGGGUGGAAAACAUCGGUCUCCCGGGAGCUCCACAAGCCGAUAGUGGGAACCCAGCUCCACCAACAUGUUAUAUUUCAACCCAUUUUCUAAAGUGCAGCAUUAUGUUAAAUGCACUGGGUUUUACCCUAUUACAUUUAAAUUUCAUGGUUAAACAGUACAUGUUAAAAUCUAAGCUCAGCUCGGCAGUGACCUAAAAUACAUAAAUAUAAUUUUACUUACCGAAAAAAUGAAGUGGAGACUCCUUGGACGCUCUAUUAGUGCAAUUAAUGCCACAGCAAGUCAUUUUGUCCAACAAUUGCACAAAUAAUAUCCAAACAAGAAUACACAAACACAGAGACUCCCGGAACAGUUUCCAGGCCAGACCGAGGCUCUACUGAGGCCUUUCCACGGAGCUAGCUCUGUGGUCACGUGGGUCUGAUGCUCAUUAAUUAUUCAGAAUUUUAGGCUUUUAAUACACUUAAACAGAAGAGUGAGAAAAAAAUUCACCCCCCUCAGAGUUGUCAUGAGUGUAAACUAGAUCAUUUAACCCAAAAACAUGUUCUGGUACCAGGCUGUAAACAUGUUUAUUUCUGCUGUGAAAUUGGUAUUUUUAACAUGGGAGUCAAUGAGGAUUUGCUCGCUUCUGACACCAGCCCCUAGUGGAUGAGGGUGGAACUGCAAUUUAUUUCACUUCCGCGUUUGCUUCAAUUUUUCACCCACAUUGUGGGGGCUUGGUUGUAAAGCACCUUGGGGGGUUCUAGGCCUUUAGACUACAGGCCAUUUACCAUAUCUAAUUUAAAUGAAAUACAUCCUUUAAAGUGGUUCUGCGACGACUACCGAGUCAACAUAAUCACAUACCGGCUGCUAACCUGUGGGUUUAUUGGAGCCUUGAACAUAAAGGUGGGGGAUGAGAGUGAAGCCAGGAGGGGACAGGUUUCUGCUGGGCGCUGAUGGACAAACAGGAGUGGAACAGGACACUAGUAAUAAAACAAAAAGGAAAUCUAGAUCGUCUUUAUCUGAUAAGUUUGGGAGAGUCGGUGGAAAAAUAAAAGUGUGAAGUUAAA